UGGUACCGGUCAAAAAUGGAACUCUUUUGUAAAAGAGGUAACAAGUGCGUACGCCAUAUUUCAGCCAAACAAAACAAACAACAAAGGCGGUGGAAAAAAAAGAGAGAGGGUACAAGAUCGGGAAUUCAUCACACAAUGACCGGCGGACAUUCUAGAGCAGACAGCUUUAGUGAUUCACGCGGUCGGACCGAGGGACGAUCGGCUCUGCCGAGAAGGCGAGCUACUAAAAUGUCGUACUCGGAAACAGGGGGAUUUGAUACGGAUUUGGCUCUUGCUGUGCAAGAAAGUCUAAGAUACGCGAGACAGGCAGAGCGGGAGGCUAAAGAGCGAGAAGAUGGUACAAUUCCAAACCACGUUGGUAGUGAGAGAAGCUGUAUGAUGCAAUCCAAGUUUACAGAUGAAACAACUGAUGAAUGUGUCAUGCAAAGUUGUGCUCAUCUCAAAGACUUGCUGCUGGUCAAUUUAGACCUUGCUCAACACCAGCAAGAGCUGCUUACAGAGAAAGAGAAAGAAAUCCGCGCCGUUAAGUCUGAAAAUAACAUGUUGAAAUGUCGUCUGGAAAGAAUGGAGAGGAGAAUGGCCAUGUUGAAGCAGAAGGAGGACUCGGAUUUCAUCAUGGGAACCUCUGUAAGGAGCCCAGCUAACAAAUCCAAACCAGAGUCAGAAAAUUCUACCCCUGCUGAGAAAGGGGUGAAAAGAAAAGGGAAUAUUGAAACAGAGAGCAUUUCCAAGCGGUUGGCUUCAGCAGAUGAAAAUGAUACGCCAUGUACAUCUUCAAAAUCUCAUCCAAAGCAUCGUAAGCGAUCACAGUUACCAACCCAAGAAGUCAGCACCGCCUCCCCCACCCACACAACUCGCCAAAAAACCACCCAGAUACAGGAAGCCAUCCAACCUCCCACCCCCAGGCAAAAGUCUUGGACAAUCACAUCGGAUAACAGUGUCUCCUCUAGGAAAAAACUCUUGCCAAUUCUCAAGGACCAAAAAAGUGACAAUGUUCUUAGAACGAAUGAACCUUACUUUGUCUCCCACUUUGAGCCUCUGGACGAGGACUUGAGUUAUAGGAAGGAUGUAGUCCAGACUGAGGACACACAGUUAGAAGUAAAAUUGCCCAGCUGGAGACCACGAAAGUAUCCAAGCCUCUGGGUACUUGAAGGAACAGAGAAUUUAGAAGAUGAAGUGUUUGUAAAACGACAUCAGAAACUUGAAGUAGAGGAGAAAAGAAGAAAAAGGUGGGACUUACAAAGGCUAAGAGAACAAAAGAUCUACGAGAAGUUAAAGGAAAAGGAGAUGACGGCUGAGAAUCUGAAGAAAGGAGAAGACCAGCAUGUGGAAUCCUUUUAUCCUCUGUUGGAUGAUAUUACACAUAUAGAAGUCUGUAACAAAAUCCCUGUGAUGGCCUUUGGGCACGCCCUGCCAAACCUGAAAUCUGAAGAGUUUGACCUUCCGUGGGAAGUGGAUGCCAGUAAGGGCCCUGCCCGAUCCUCGAGGCCUGGUCGCUCCCGGUGAUUCAGCGAGGACCCCUCCGCCCUCCUCUACUCCAACAUUGCCAGUAUUGUGUUCAUGGUUCUACUGUAUGCCUGGGUGUUACAGUACAGCUUGUAUUGUAUAGCUGUUGAUGUACUGUUUUUUUUCUGUACAACUACCUAUUCUCAGAAUUUCCAGUAAGUUUAGAAUUACCUCUGUACAAGCUUUUAAAAAGUUUCAGUGAUACACGUGCAAGUUAAUGUUUUGAUGUUGUUUAUAUUUAUAGUUAUUUCAGGAAUACCUCUCUUCAUUCAAGUUCCAACUUUAACUUUUUCAGUUUUAAAUACAUUUAUUGUGAAACAGUGUAUUGCUGUUAAUGAAUAUUUAUUUGAUACCUCUGUACAUUUAUCAAAACAAUUCACAUCUAAAUAAAUCAGUGGGUAACUAUGCAUGUAUAGUACAUUUGGUAGGAUAAAAAAAAGAUGAAAAAAGUUUGUGAACCGAAAUACAUGUUUAUUAUAUUGCCCUAUUGUUGUAGAAAUUGAUGCUUUAUAUAUACCGGUAGUUCAGUGAUCUCCAAGGUAUGUUUUGUUGGAAAAGAACAAACAAAAAAAGGAACGUCUAUGUAUGUUAAAAAAUUUUGAAUUUUAGUGCUAACAGCAGGUGUUGUUUCUGUGUUGUUGUUUCAAAUGUUUUAUAUCAUUAUAGAGCAACAAAUUGUAUCAAAAUGGUGUAAAAAUGGCUUUUGUUAGAGUUUGUAAUGAGUGACAUAGUCCUGUUUUGUUUUAUCUUGUUCACUCUGUGUAGGAAAUGCAGAAGUUUUAUGUAAGGGAAACAAUCCUUCAGUGUCACUUUUUUAUGUUUUCGCUUUUUAUUUGGAGAAGUACCAAGGUGUUUUGCAAAUGGCUGUAUCUGUUCUUUGUGAAGUCUUUGUAUAAAGUUCUUUUAGAUAUAUUGUGUCUGGUGUCUGAGGGAAAAUAAAAAAAAUCCCUCAAAAUGUUGAAAACAUGGUGGCUGAAUAUUUAUUUAUGAAUAUCUGUUGUUAAUAGAUGAUAAAUAUGUUAAAUGUGUCCUCUCUAUGUAAUCUGAAGAAUCUGUGGUUGUGUGUGUGUGCAAGUACUUUUACAUGUAUAUGAUAUCUAUACUUGAUGUUUGAGGUUAAUGAAGUAUGCAUGUUGAAAGAGAUAAAUGACAUUCACUGUAGAAAAAAAGUCUCAAUCCAUGUCGGGAGAUUUUGUGUUCUGGAAAGUAAUAUUGAAUAUUGCUGACCCUUUAGAUGUUCUGUUUGUGUUAAGUUUUGAUACAUUGAUUUGUUAAAACACAAAAGUGGGUUCUCUAGUAUUACUGCCUGUUAAGGUCUGUAUCUUGAAAAUCUGAUGACAAAAGGUUUACAUGUACGAUUCAUUGGAUGUCAUGAGUAUGUAUGGAAAAGUUUAUUUCUUUUAAAAUAAAUGCUUCUUUUUCAAACACUG